UCUGUCUGUAUCUGUUGACGGUAGUGAUUGUUGCAAAUUUGUAAUGUUUUUCUGAGUGUUACUUAUGACUAGAAAUUCUAUAUGUAAGGGAUGAAAAGCUCAGUUUCUAGGCAAAUUGGAAGAUUUGGGAACGAAGCAUCCCGAAGACUAUACAGAGGAGCAGCUGAUGCUGCAAAAAAACUGGAACAGCAUUUGGCCCUCAUAUCCAGUUUCACUGAAUUGUUCUCUGCAGAAGUAACAGAUCUGAGAAUGAGGUUGAAAGAUUACUGUGAGAGAUUGAUAUUCGCUGAUCCUGUAGAGUAUGGGAAAAAAGCUGAAGAUCUUCUUUGGCGAAAAGUUUUUUAUGACUUUUUUUAUCGAUGUAAACAGAACAGAAAGAAAUUGCUGGAAUCAGAAUACUAUCGAAAUGCUGUUAUAAGUCAUUUGCUAGCUGGAAUUGGGUUUUAUCAUCAUAUGCUUCUACGAAUACAGACUGAAUUCCACAUUGAUUUGGAAGGAAAAGUUGAUGCUCCAUUUCUCUGGCAUUUGAAAGGGGUAAAGAAAGAGCGAUGGAAAAAGUAUCAACAAUCAGCUGCAAGUGAUGGAGCUGUACGAACUUGGGCAAAUCAGGCUAGUCAUAGAAUCUUAAUAUAUCUUGGAGACUUGGAACGUUAUAUAGCUGAAUUACGAGAACCUGAUAGCAAUCACCUUGCAGAACGUUAUUAUCAGCAAGCAUUCUGCCUUAAUAGCCAAAAUGGUACUCCUCACAACCAGUUAGGUUCUCUGUAUAACAAUAGAUUUGAUUCAGCAUACCAUUAUAUGAGGUGCUUAGCAUGCCAUGAUAAAUUUGAUGGUACAGAGAAUAAUCUGAUGCGGGUGUUUGAAAAAAAUGAUGAAGUUAUGCAACAAUUGUACUCUCCAGAUUGUUGUAAUAAGGAAUCCCUCAAGUGCUCGAGGUUUUUGUCAAGGUUUUUAAAAUUGUGCCAAAUAUUUUAUUUCUCUACAGGAGAAAAUUCUGAAAUUUACUGUCAAGAUAUAAUAAAAGAAUUUGAUAUUACUCUUAAUUCUCAUUCUUCUGUAAAAAAUUCAUGCAAAGAAGAAUCUUCUGCUCAACUGUCUGAUGACAUGAUUUUUAAAGUUGUGGUUAUGUCCAUGAUGUGUGUUUCAAAGCUGCAAGAAAGAGAUCAUUCUGAUGCUUCUGUAGCUGCAGCAUUUUGCUUAGCAUUAUUUUCUUAUGUAGUACAUAAAACAACUAAAUGCCUAUUAACUUCAAUAUAUGAACUAAAACCAAAAGAGGCAGAAUUUCAGAAAGCUGAUAUAGAAAGUAUGAAUAUUUCAUCAAAACUACAUCAAAAUGAUGCUACUGUUGCUAAAGAAGUGCUAAAUGGCAUUAGUGCAGAAGUUGAAAAUAAAGAAAAUGUAGCUAAGAAAUUGUCGGGGAAACAAAUGAAUUUAAAAAGGAUUUCUGUGCGGCACUUGCGAGCAUUGCGCCGCCGUCGAAAAAUGAGUAGUACUAGUCAGGAGGAUUCUGAAUUGAGUGAAGAAGGAGAAAUAGCUGAUUUACCUGAAUCAGAUGAAGAAAGUGCUUUGUUGAAUUCUGAUGUCAGCCAAACAGGAAGCUGCAGUAGUGAAAGUUUAAGUGAAAAUGAAGAUGAGCUAUUACUGGAACAAAAUAAUAUAAAUAAUGAAGAAAAACAUAAAAGGGAUGUGAAUUCAGAUAAAAAUUUUAUUGUAGCUAAUGGUUCUACAGAUAUUACCAGUAAUGGUGAAGCAAAAGAAGCUAGUUACAAUGCUGAUACAGAGAGAUAUACUGCUGAUGAUGUAGAUAGGAUUCUUGAACAUUCUUCACUGUCACCUGAAAUGCUUAUCCAGAUUGUUAAGAAAAAUACUCUUUUGCCAUGUUUAAAAGUAUUAUGUGAUUGGCUCAAAAUUAAUGAAGAUAUAUUAUCUGCAUGUGUUGAGAGUUCUCAGCUUCUUUUAUCCUGUCUUAUAGAAUUAUUAAAUGUACUUUUGAAAAUUGAAGAUAAACUUUUAUGUUCUAUAGAACAUCUGUUUCAAGUGGAAGAAAAUGGUGAAUCUUGGAAACAAACAUAUCCUCUGCCUGAAGACACUGCUUUGCAAGAAUUACCUGCGCUGAAAGAAGUUCACCGUAAUUUAUCUUUUGAUAUUUCCAGAAGAAGAGAACUUUCUCCCACAUCACAAAUUUUCCUGAGGCUGCAGUGCUUACUGUCUUUUGGGAAAUGUUUAACUCGAGCUUCAGAAUCAUCAGUUGAUUUUGAUGUUGAAAAGAAGAAAUAUUAUUUUAAUUUAUGCAGUAAAGUAAAGGAAUCAAAUAAAGAAUUUAGCAAUAACAAAACAGUUAAUCAUGACACUGAAACACAAAAACAACAGUUAAUGAGAAGCAUGACUCAUUUAUGGCUGAAGGCAGAAGUAAAUGACUUAGAAACGCUUGUUGAAGGUGGCUCAACUCCUCAACUGUCUCCAUAUUUAGUUGUAGAUACUACUGUCUUAUGCCAUAAUUUAUCAUCACUAAAACAGUUGAUUGGUGCUAAACGGUUUAUAAUUAUUGUUCCAUUAGUUGUUAUUGCAAAUCUCGAUCAAUUAAAGAAAGAAAGUAUGGGUGCUAGAGAAGCUAUUCGUUGGUUAGAAUCUGAAUUGCGUAAAGGAUGUAGAUUCAUAAGAGCACAGCAUCAAAUGGAGAAAAUUAGUCUUGUUCCAAUGAAGUAUCCAAGGAAGAAAGAUAAAGAUGCUUGGGAUUUUUUCCAAAUACUAGAAUGCUGUAAUUACCUUGUACAACAGCAAGCUAAUGGUAGAACUGAUUGCCCACUAGUCACUCUUUUAAUAGGAUCUCGUCAUCAUUUGCCAGAUAAUGCAACUGCUAUAGCCCAGUCCAUUGAUGUUGCCAUUGAAAAUCUUAGCUGCUUCUUUUCCAAAUGGCGGAAUUCUACAAAGAAUCCAGGUUGAAAGCUCAUAAGAAGUUCAAAUGUUUCAAUACUUUAGAUUUUACAAGGACAGCUCUACUUUGCAAAAUGGAAAUCGUAAAAGGAAGAAGGGGAAAAAAGCACGUUCAGAGUGCUAUAAGUGUGGAGUGUUGCAGUUUCUAGUAUGAAGUCAGAAAUUUCAAGCAAUAAAUUUGCUGUAAUGUCUCAAAAUAUAUUUUGAAUCCUGUGAAGAGCUUAAAUGAAUUUCUAUUUAAAAACUUGCUAUAAGUAAUAAAAUGUUAAUUUGAGGCUAUUAUUUUGAACAUUUAUUAUUUAUUUAUAAAAAUAAAUCUCUAUAUGGUAAUUCAUCUCUGUAAUUUGAGGAUUCAGUUGGCCUACUAAAUUUACUAGAAAAUUACUUUUAAUUAUUGUUGAAUGGAGCAAAGCUCUGUGUGGUAAAUUCAAAUGGAAACUUCAUUAGAAUAGUUUAUUAAAAUUAAUAUUUUAAAAUGUCUUACAAAAAAAGCAAAUGCUCUUGGAUUCCUAACUAUGGUAUAAAGAAUUUUUAAUGUAAAUCUAUUGUUGAAUUAUUUUUCUGGCAUGUCUGAAAUACAUAUUUCAUUAUGUCUUUUGUAAAUAUUACCAUUCAGAUUAACUCUCUUUAGCAUGAGAUUGCUCUGUAUUAAAAGAAUAAUUUUUGUUAAAAAUUGGUGUAAUCAUAAGUAUUCCUUCUGAAAGUUUUGCCAGAAAUUCUCAAAUGAAUUUUACUUUUGAUGAGAAAAUUCUAAUCUUUUUUAUCAAAGGUAGUGAUUUUGAUAUUGUGAUCAAAUUAACAUCAGUGUUUUUGAAUUAAGAUCAAGCUAGUGAUUGAAAUAUUUUAUUUGCUAGGAGUAUUUAAAAAUACAUAAUCACAGAAAUUAUAUUAUAUUUAACAAGUGAAUUGUCAGUAAUAAGUUAAUAUUUGUUUGACAGUGGUAUAUUUCUUAAAUACCGAAGAAAGAUUUUAAGAGACUCUGAAAAAAUGAAUAAAAUAGGUUCUGUGCAGUUUUUAAAGUUGAUAUGUAAGUCUCACUUUUGCAUAUAAGCUUAUUAUUAUUAUUAUUAUGUUUUUUUUAAACAUUUCACUACAAUGGAAAAAAUGCUUUCUAUAAUUAUCAAAUUUCUGAACUAAAAUUGUUCCAGUUAAUGCCUUGACGAUACCAACUAGCUCAAAUUUUUUUAGAUGAAAUUCUCCAUUUUUGGAGUAAUAGUAAAUAGACUGAAUUGUUUUAAUGAUGAAUGUAUCCCUUCUUAACAUUUCAUGUAAUUUUGUUUUUAAUAUUUAAUCAUUAUUAAACAAAAUUCAUUGUUACUCAAAUAUUACCAAUAGCUUAGCACUGGGCCAAAAGAUAAUUUACUUUGUCUAAAUUCAUUUGCAGAAAAUAUUUCUAUUUCAAACUGUAUGCCAUCUGAACUUUUUUGUGGAAAUGGUGUUUUUGUUAAAUUUAAUUAUGUAUCCUUUCCUUUACUUAUAAUGAAUAAAUUUUAAAUUAUCGUUUA